AUGACCCGCGAAUUCCACAUCAAGGGUUACUUGAUGGAAUCGAUCAUCUAUGGAAAGCCCACACUGCACAGAGUCAUAACGCUAAAAGCGCUGAUCACUAAUUUCAAAUACUUCACGAAGGAGGUGAAAUAUUAUGAUGAUCCUUACAUCGAGUAUGAAGAGAGUGUUACGGCAGCUGACCUCAUAAAGGGGAGCACUGAUCAGAUGGCUAUGGAUGCGUCGAAUUUGCAAGAUCCAAACGACAAAACGAAAACCGAUUAUGACAAUGCGAAAAACAAAGGGAUAAGAAAAAUAUCCUCACUGUGA